UCUUCCUGACACCCGUAUCACCCACCUGAUUUUUUCUGUUUCAGUUUUUAUUUUAUUUUGUUUUAUAGGAACAAAAAGGAAAAUGGAGAGUCUUUUGGACUUUUACUUUGUUUAUAUACAAAAUUAAAGUAUCGUUUCUUUCAAAAGUUGUGUUUGUGGACUGAGAAAAAGGGAGGGACUCUGUUAUGAACCCAAGAAAGGAAGCUUGGCAGCACAGAGUGACAAGGUUUUCUUUUUCUUUUUUGUGUGUUUUGGUUUGAGACCCAAAAUAUAAAACCAGAGAAAAUGUUCAUCUUUAACUAGUAUUACUAUUAUUGAGUCAUGAAAAUGAGUCUUUCUCUUCUCCUCUUCUUCUUCUUCCUUUAUUCUGCUACUGUUUCUUUUUCAUAUGAGCCUCGUAACCAUGAAGUGGAAGCAUUGAUAAGUAUAAGGAGAGAAUUGAAUGAUCCACAUGGGGUGUUAAAUAACUGGGAUGAAGACUCUGUCGAUCCUUGUAGCUGGGCAAUGAUCACUUGUUCUUCUGAAAACCUUGUUAUUGGCCUGGGAGCACCAAGUCAGUCCUUAUCAGGAACUUUGUCCGGGACGAUAGGAAAUCUCACCAAUCUUCGCCAAGUGUUGCUGCAAAACAAUAACAUAUCUGGUAAAAUCCCACCCGAGCUUGGAACUCUUCCCAAACUGCAGACUUUGGAUCUAUCCAACAACCGUUUUUCCAGUGAAAUUCCAGGGUCAUUUGGACAGUUAAAUAGUUUGCAAUACCUGCGGCUGAACAACAAUAGCUUGUCUGGGCCUUUUCCUGCAUCUUUAGCAAAAAUCCCUCAACUUGCUUUCUUGGACUUCUCCUAUAACAAUCUUAGUGGACCUGUACCCAAGUUCCCUGCUAGAACUUUCAACAUUGUGGGAAAUCCAUUGAUUUGUGGAAGCAGCUCAACUGAAGUUUGCUCUGGAUCUGUCAAUGCUGAUCCCCUUUCAUUUUCCCUGGGUUCAUCAAAUGGGGAACAAAAAUCCAACAAGUUAGCUAUUGCACUUGGAAUCAGCCUCAGUUUUGCCACUCUCAUACUCCUCUCAUUUGCCCUACUUUGGCACAGAAACAAACGAAAAAGGCUAACGAUUCUGAAUAUUAGUGACAAACAAGAAGAAGGCCUCAUAAGCCUAGGUAACCUGAGAAACUUCACUUUCAGGGAACUCCAGCUUGCUACAGAUAACUUCAGCUCCAAGAACAUUCUAGGCACCGGAGGUUUUGGCAAUGUCUACAAGGGAAAGUUAGGAGAUGAUACUCUUGUGGCAGUGAAGCGGCUAAAAGACUUGACAGGAAGUUUUGGGACACAAUUCAGGACUGAGUUGGAGAUGAUCAGCUUGGCAGUUCACCGCAAUCUGCUUCGUUUAAUUGGAUAUUGUGCUACUUCUAAUGAGAGACUUCUUGUUUACCCUUACAUGUCUAAUGGCAGUGUGGCAUCCAGGCUCAGAGGAAAACCAGCUCUAGACUGGAAUACGAGGAAGAGGAUUGCAAUUGGAGCUGCGAGGGGACUUCUUUAUUUACAUGAGCAAUGUGAUCCAAUAAUCCACAGAGACGUGAAGGCAGCUAAUGUUCUUCUGGAUGAUUAUUGUGAAGCCAUUGUUGGUGACUUUGGCCUUGCAAAGCUCCUUGAUCAUGCUGAUUCCCAUGUCACCACUGCUGUCCGUGGCACUGUUGGGCACAUUGCACCAGAGUACCUUUCAACUGGCCAGUCUUCAGAGAAAACUGAUGUGUUUGGGUUUGGAAUUCUCUUGAUAGAGCUCAUAACGGGAAUGAGGGCUCUGGAGUUCGGAACAGUUAGCCAGAAAGGAGCAAUGCUUGAGUGGGUGAAGAAAAUACAAAAAGAGAAGAAAGAGGAAGUAUUGGUGGACAGAGAGCUAGGGAACAACUAUGACAGGAUUGAAGUAGGGGAGAUGCUCCAAGUGGCUUUGCUAUGCACUCAGUACCUUCCAGCCCACCGCCCAAAAAUGUCCGAGGUGGUCCGGAUGCUUGAAGGUGAUGGGCUUGCUGAGAAAUGGGCAGCAUCUCAUGAUCAUAGCAAUUCCACCAUGAACCACUUUCCUAGCAACAAAAGUAAGGCGCCCCCUACCACUGGAUCAAAACAUGAUGAAAAAAGUUAUGAUGAUGAAUCAAGCAACAAGUUGAGCACAGGAAUGGAUGAUGAUGAUGAACAUUCUUUGGAUUCCUAUGCCAUGGAACUGUCUGGUCCAAGAUAACAAGAAGGGAAAAAGAGGUGAAAGUGAAAUAUAUAGAGAGGAUGAAUUCUUUAUUAAAUUCUUUAAUCCACCCAAGUUUGAAGAGGAAGAAAUAGGUGUAGGGCAAUGUUAUGCUUAAAAACUUUGAUGGUAAGGAUUAUAUAUGUUCUGGGAUUGUAAUGUAAAUAGCCCAUACCAUGUUUUAUUUUACUUAUUUUUGGCAUUGAAUCUUAA